CAACAAGAUGAUAACGUAGCGCCGCUGCGCCUCCCAGCGGUGGUAUUGCGUAGCAUCCUAAAUUCUGAAUCCUGGCGCUACGCAACCGCUCGACGGCACUCAGUUGCUUGACAUUGUCGGAUAGCGCAAAAGAAAAUGGCGUGGCUGUUCAACAGCUGUGCAUACACCGCAUCCAUCGAAUUCUCGGUCAUCAAUCCGCCUCUCCAUCACAUCACUAUCAUAUGUCUGAGGGUUUGUUAGUUUAGACCUUGUCCCAAAGGUUGGCCUCGACGUCGAAGGGGUCGAUAGCGAAGCAUGAACGCGUCGCGAUCCUCCUCACGCGUGAUAUCUGAGAACAAGACACAGCCACUCGACUUUACGCAACGUAUCGAGCAGAAGCUUGCCAGAUAUGAUGCAUCGGACAAUGUGGUGAAGAGGUGGCUCUUCGAAAUCGCGUGUUGGGCGAUCAGUGCUUCCAGUCUAGGUGCCAUAAUCGGCAUCUAUCUUCAUGUUAGCAAUGGGCGUCUGGCAAACUGGAGCACUUUGCUCACUCUUGCUAACAUACUAGGCAAAGUUGCUUCUGCAGCACUGAUCGUACCUACAACAGAAGCUCUUGGCCAACUCAAGUGGAGCUGGUUUCACGGGUCUUCUAAGGCCAUGUGGGACUUUGAGAUAUUUGACAAGGCUACUCGUGGUCCAUGGGGUGCCAUAAUGUUACUUUACAGGACUAGAGGACGUUCGCUCGCCGCGAUGGGUGCCCUUCUGAUAGUUCUUCUCCUUGCGAUCGAUACAUUUCUUCAGCAAGUAGUCAGUCUCCCAGAUCGUUGGGCUCUACAGGGAGAAGACAUUGCAGGUGAUCUUUCAAGAACUAUCCGCUACGGAUCCAAUCCCAAUACACCCUACCUAGGAGGUGUGGAGUCUGUGUCAGAUAGCCCGGAUCUCUUCCCGAUCACAAGGAAAUUCUCAGAUGGCAAUGGCACUGAGCCCUUGCUAUUUGGAAACGGUACCCGGCCUGAGAUACCAGUCUCUUGCCCGACCAGUAAUUGUACAUGGCCCCUGUACGACACGUUAGGCGUUUGCAGUAAAUGCACCGACGUUUCAAGCUAUCUAACGUUUACCUGCCUGACUAACAAAGUCGAUUGGCUUGCUGAGACAAGAGGGGGAUUCGAGGUAGACUGGUCAUAUCCAAAUACAACACACUGUGGUUACUUUCUUAACGCCACUAGCGACAGGCCAGUCUUGAUGUCCGGCUACCUUGUCCAGUCGAAUGCUACCAAUGGAGAGGGCGAAACUCUUCUCCACCGAACUUUACCGUUGACGUCAAUGACCCGGUUCACUCCUCUAUACGGCAAUGGUUCGUUGCUGUUCAAGUCAUUGCGAAAUACCAUCAUCGACGUGAUCAUCGUUUCUUCUCCAGAUGGUACAAUCGAAGCGGUUCAUCGAAACGCGACACCUAUUGCACAAGAAUGCGUUCUUACCUGGUGUGUCAAGACAGUGCGCUCGGCCUUUGCAUGGGGAGGCUAUGUCGAAGAGGUCGUCGACACACACUUCAACACUACGCCUGGGCCUUUUCCAUGGGACGCCAAUUACACACGUGGCGAGUUAUACAACUACACCGAUAUUGCCUAUCGAGAAGCCAUCAACAUUGACGUCAAUUCGACGCUAUAUGGAGUCAGCAAUGCAACUGCUUCGCAGAUGAUCAUGGGCUUUACAGACAUCACCCCAGCUAUGACGACAUCUUUGAACACAACCACUAUACCACUAAUGCGCUACAUGAUCUGGAGUGACGGUGAGCCAUGGACUAAGACACUAGCCUUCAAUCCAUGGAUGGCGCCAAACAAUGUGACACGACAUUUAGAGAGACUAGCCACAGCAAUGACCAACACCAUUCGCUCAGCCAAGGAAAUUCAGAUUCUCUUACACGGCGACGCUUACGCCCGUGAGGUAUUCAUACAAAUUAAUUGGGCGUGGCUCGCAUUUCCUCUGGUGUUACUUGUCCUGAGCUUAGUAUUUCUGGUUGCGACGAUCAUCAAGACAUCGAACGACACUGGAGGGGCCGGAAUGUGGAAGACGUCAGCCAUGCCUGCUCUCAUCUAUGGACUGCCAAAAGAGACACAAGAAAAGGUGACACCAGCCAAACGGAGUAAGGCAAGAGAGGAGUCGAAAAAGAUUCGUAUCAAGCUGUCACCAAGGAUGGGUUGGAGGGUAUCAGGUCAAAGUUUUCGUAAGCGAUCAUCGAUUUUGCCAGUGUCAGGUAACAGAGCACCACCAGGAUAGAUAUGAUAGUAUCGGGGGAAAUUCAUUAUAUUGUCAGAACAUCGGAGACAGCCGCAAAAUUCUAAAGCUUCACACCUGAUCUUCUCGCGCAGCGGCUGACGGAGCACUCUUGGGCUCCACCAUCUCCUUAUCUUUCGUCUUCUGCUUCUUACUCCUCGUUCUAGU